UUUCUUCUCUUGGUGGUUUACUCUGUUCUUAUUUUACCUACUCUUUCCCGUGGUGGUUUUACUUCUCCAACUUCAUCAUGCUCCAAGCACGCUCAGCGUCUCUAGCUUGCCGAGCUGCCACUCGCUGUGCAAGCUCUACUCUUGCUUCUCGGAGCUUCGCAACGGUGUCAAAUGUCUCUCCUGCCCGGAGCCAUCGCGUUGUUGUAAUUGGAGGCGGUGCGGCUGGUCUUGAUAUUAGCCAUAAGCUCCUUCGGUCCGGCAAGUUCUCUCAGGAUGACAUUGCUGUUGUUGAUCCAGCGACGUGGCACCAUUACCAGCCUGGGUGGACCCUUGUGGGUGGUGGUCUCAAGACCAAGGAAGAGCUGCGAAGGCCUCUAAACGGCCUUGUCAACCCCAAGUUCAAGUUUUACAACGACAGCGUUGCUGGAUUCUCCCCCGAGGAUAACUCAAUUACACUCGGCAACGGCGACAAAGUCGGCUAUGAGCAGUUGGUUGUUGUACCAGGCAUCGCGAUCAACUAUGGUAGCGUCAAGGGCCUCUCUGAGGCUCUAGCGGACUCAAGAAGUUCCGUCUCGACCAUUUACAACUAUGACACCUGCGACAAGGCAUAUGAUACUAUCCAGAAGCUUCAGAAGGGCACUGCCAUUUUCACUCAGCCUGCAGGCCCAAUCAAGUGCGCCGGCGCUCCUCAAAAGAUCAUGUGGCUCGCUCUGGAUCACUGGAAACGCGCGGGCCUGUAUGACCCCAGCAAACCCUCUGGUUCUGCCAUUCAAAUCAGCUUUGCUACUGGAAUGCCUGUAAUGUUCGGUGUUGCCAAGUACAACGCUGCGCUGGAGCAGCUCCGUAAAGAAAGAGGAGUUGAGGGAUUAUUUCAACACGAUCUCAUUGCUAUCGAUGGCGACAAAGCCACUUUUGCUCUACCGGAUGGAAAGGAGGCUGUUACAAAGCGAUUCGACCUUUUGCACGUUGUACCCAAAAUGGGCCCUCAUGCAUUUGUUAAGAGCAGUGCUCUGGCAAACGAGGCUGGCUACGUCGAUGUUGAUGAUGGGACUACUCGCCAUAAGAAAUAUUCAAAUGUCUGGUCCGCCGGUGAUGCAUCCAGUCUUCCAACAUCCAAGACUGCAGCCGCCAUCACUUCGCAGACACCCGUUCUGGUUCACAAUCUGUUGCAAACUUUGGAGGGCAAAGCCGCCGAAGCCACAUACGAUGGAUAUGCUUCGUGUCCUCUAUUGACAGAGUAUGGCAAAGUCCUCCUUGCUGAGUUCAAGUAUGGAGGAGUGCCAAGCGAGACUUUUGGCGACUGGUUUGGAAUUGACCAAGCAGUUCCUCGGAGAUCAUUUUACUAUCUAAAGAAGAACUUUUUCCCAUGGGUUUACUAUAACCACAUGGUAAAGGGAACCUGGGGAGGACCGAAAGGCUGGACCAACUAGGCAACCAACUCCUUUAAAGAGCUCCAAAUUAUAUUCUAGGUCAUUUAAAAGUACUGCAUUUUAAAUUAUAAAUGUUCAGCCAUCUGAACUUGUCACAAUUCAGAAUACCCUGGUUUCCUG